AUGUCUUUCGAUUCUAUACCUAUCUUAGACCUCGAGGAAGCCAAAGACCCCUCUACCAAACCCAAGUUUUUAGAACUGCUUCGGCAUGCUCUACUAGAAGUUGGCUUUCUGUAUCUCAAGAAUGUCGGCAUACCAGACGAACUCACACAACAAGUCAUAACGGAAGCAAUAUCAUUCUUCGAAUUACCAAUGGAAGAGAAACUCCGAAUCGAAAUGAAGAACGCCCCCUCGUUCCUAGGCUAUUCCCGUCUCAACGCCGAAAUAACAGCACACACCAUCGACCACCGCGAGCAAAUCGACCUCUCAACCGACCACGCAAUCCGCACCCCCGACCAGCCCCUCUACCGCAACCUGCUCGCGCCCACGCAGUGGCCAUCUCCUUCUCUCCUCCCAAGCUUCAAACUCGUAUACAGCGACUACAUCUCCCGCAUGGGCGCCAUUUCCAUCUUCUUCACUUCGCUAAUCGCCGAAGCGAUCGGGUUACCCGCCACAGCAUUCAACAAGUACUUCGACGCGGAACAGCAGCACAAGUUGAAGGUUGUGAAAUAUCCCGACCUGAAGGAACUCGGGCUGUGGAAGGAAGGGGAGGCAGUGCCGGAGGGACAAGGGGUCGGUCCACACAAGGAUAGCAUGCUGACGAGCUAUCUCUUGCAAGUGACGAAGCACAGGGGACUGCAGGUGCAGAAUUUGACGGGGGAAUGGAUCGACUGUCCGCCAGUGGAUGGGACGCUGGUGGUGGCUAUCGGACAGGGCAUGGAAGCUUUGACGCAGGGCGUCUGUAUGUCGACUACACAUCGAGUGUUGUCUCCUGCGCCGGGGACGGGGGCGAGGAUAUCAGUGCCGUUCUUUCAGGGCGUGAGCUUGGAUGCCCAAUUUGAUGAACUGAAUGACUGGGAGAAUGGUGGGGGCGUCGGCUGCGUCCCAGAGGCUAUCAAGGAAAUGCGGAGGAGGGUUGUGGCUAGGAAUGGGGGUAGGCUGGAUGAUGUGGAGUUUACGUUCAGUGGGGGCAAUGGGUCGAAGACUUUGGGCGAGGCGACGUUGAAGAACAGGGUUAAAAGCCAUCCGGAUGUCGGGGAGAGGUGGUAUCCGGAUAUCUUGGCUGGGAUUAGAGAGCAGCAGAAGAGGGAAAGGGUGGAGGCUGAGGAGAAGACUGAUAUGUUUGUCUCAAAUAGGAUUCCUGUGACUGAUGACUUGUCACCGCUGUUGGACCUCACUGACAGAAAGACAGUCAUUUAG